ACGAACCAUCUUUAAAAAACAAUCGAUUUAGAUUAAAACCCUCGAACUCAAGACACCAUAAGCAGCCUCACAUGAUACGUCCUCUCCAAUCAGUGCUCCUAAUGUUGUUCGGGACUGCCGCACUACGAUUUGUCAUAACCCAAUAAAUUCAAUCGCUUCGCGAUCGUCACAUUACACUACAGAGUCAAUCACCGCGUGCAGCUACUUUUCGAUCUUCAGUUCUGAAGGACCGCUGGUCGGAAGCGAACGUUCUUCCUCUCGGCAACGCACGCUUCAAGCCAGGCAGCAUGAUCUUCAUACACCCGGCCCUGAUAGGCGCUAUCGCGUUAUGCUGCGUGUGCGCCCUGCUCUAUUUUUGUACGUUUGCAUCCUAUUUAAAAGGCAUUAAGGGAUCGAUAGGCCAAAUGUUCAGCCUGGUACCAAUGGCUGCGCUCAGUCCCAAAAUGCGCUCGACGGCAGUCAGCGUGUUUGUGGUUGAGGUGGAAGCAGGCAAGGAUCGGAAGAAUCACAACAAAAGUGCAACGUUAAAUUUGGAAGCUUUAAUGAUGGAAUCUCUAACGGAGAAUAGCAGUGCUAUAAUGGGAAUGUCGGAUAGUUCAUCUAAUCUGUUAGAAUGUGGAGUGAAUAAUAAAGACUGAUAUACCGUAUUUAAAUGA